CGGUGCGGGCGGGAUGGGGCCGUCCCCGUAGCCCCUUCCUCCCCACACAAUGCCUGGGGUGGCCCGCUAUGCUGGGGGACACUUGGUGGCAGCCAGCCUCCGCGGGUUCUGCCGUCCUCCUCCUCUUUCACAGGGUGGAGAGCAGGUCAGCCGUCCUCAAAACAUCUCGCACACCCUGGUGGGUCCCCAAGUGUCACUCAGCCUGAAGGAAGUUGUCCAUCAAAGCCGGGGAGGCUGUGGGAAUACCUGCAGGGCAGGAGGUGGCAAAAGACCGGUCUCUUUCAUCUUUAUGCCAAGCUCAGAGACUCUCCACAGAGAAGAACUGAACCUGAGAGCUGCCUACCCCCAGAGAGAUCAUUUCAUGAACAUGAAGGAAAUGAAGCCCAGCCUGGUGGAGGAAGGUCCCAAACUUGAAAUAGGAAGCUGCUUACAGAAGUCAAGAGAUGGUGAUACACGGACCUGCCACGCACCCAACCAUAAAGACCUCCAAAAGCUAAGAAGCUCACUCAUAACCCUUAGCCCUUGGUUGAGCUUACAGUGCCUUUCCCUGAUCUCACAGAUGUUUCCUCAAGGAGGUGAGGUUCAGAAGGGAUGCAAGAGCUUCUUGCUGUACUGGAGUGAAAGGAAAGGCAGUGGCAGAAAACUAGCACUAAUUGAUCCUAAAAAAAGGAGUAGUAAUCACAAUCCAGUCAAAGAAAAAGAUUUGCUUACCUAUCCCAAGGAUCAGAGCCAGCCAAACACUCCAAAGGAGAGAUCCUCAGGUAGAGAUCCUUACCCAGAGGCAGCCAGCCCUCAAAUAAGGCUUAGGAAGGAGGGGAACCAGGUUCCACCCCUUCUGGUUGCAUUGGUGAAUUGCUUUCACCUGUGCUCCCAGAGCUGGCUGUGUUACUCUACCAGGUGCUCAAUCAUUGGUUCAGGCCAUGACUUAGUAAUUCCCAUACAUGGGGUCGAGUCCAAGGACAUAACCUGACCUGGGGCUACCAUGGCUGGAUAUCCAACCUGAACAUCCCCUGGCACAACUUAUGGCCAUUUCCUGAAGAGAGCAAAGGCAGGAAGCACUCAAACCCAGCCUGGCAUUUUUGUGUGUUUUGCCCUGAAGUCUGCAAUCCCAACCCAAGGAUGCUGAAGAAAUGGCUGCACCUGAGCCCUUAUUCCUGAGACCCUGCACCUGAGUGUGCGGAUAUGCAUCUGUGCGUGUGUGCCAUGCACAGAAACUUCUGCAGCAAUGCUAAUGGCAUGGAGAAAAGCCAUUAAAAGGAGGAAGAGUUGAGGUUACAGUAUUGUGCUGAAAACU